UGUAAGAAUCAUCCUCGAUGAUUGGCUGCGCUCUUUAACGUCUGAAACUUCCAUUGCGCGCUAUCCGUCCUCAAAAUAACAUCAACAUAGCAAGAUUGCAGAAUAAAGUUUCACAAUGUCGUUACGAGGCAUUUUAAAGGUUAUACAUCACACUCACUUUGGGUCAUUGCCAUCACUUGUCCUUGCAAGCAAAGUUUGUCAGAAAAUCCCAGCCGCUCACACACGCUUCAGUAGCAGCAGUUCAGAGGGCAUCAGCCGGUAUCCAGUGCCAAACAGGAAGAAUCUGCCUUUUGAUAUUGUGGAAUUGAUGGAGGAGGUCGAACAGAAGGGAGGGUUCCUGCCCAAUGUCUUCAAAGUUCUUGCCCAUCGUCCUGCAGAGUUUCGGGCUUUCUUCUCUUAUUACAAUGCCCUCAUGAACAAGGAAAGUGGUGGUCUGUCAAAAGCGGACCGGGAACUGAUCGUUGUCGCAACCAGUGCUUACAAUCACUGCCUGUAUUGUGUAGUAUCUCACAGUGCGCUGCACCGCAUCUAUUCCAAAAACCCCAUGCUGGCUGACCAGGUGGUAGUUAAUUACAAGGUUGCAGAGCUAACUUCCCGUGAGCGAGCCAUGCUUGAUUUUGCAAUGACAGUCUGCAGAAGCGAAACAAUAAAUGAAGACCAUUUCAGCACCCUGGACACUCAUGGUUUUGACCGAGAAGAUGUUUGGGACAUUGCUGCCAUUGCUGCCUUCUUUGCGAUGUCCAAUCGCUUGGCUCACCUGACUGAUAUGAGACCUAAUGCAGAAUUCUAUGAAAUGGGUAGAGUGCCAAGAGACAAAGCAAAAGCCUCUGAUGGGCAGCUGAUCGGAGAAUAGACUCGUAUCAGGCUCUGGAUCAAAGUUACAAUGUUUUAUGUGCAAAGAUAUUUCUAGACUGUGAAAUAAAUACAUGCCUUGUAAAAUCUCA